GAACCGAAUAUGAUACCAUAUCCGGAGGAAUGCUUACGAUCAAAACAUUUUUGUCAAUUCUACAUUCAUUUCAUUUCAAAUUUACAAAGAGAUACAUAACAGUAGACUUUGAUUUCAUUUACUCAUUUAAAAGUUUCGACGUAAUUCAUUCAUUCAUUAAUUGUGAAACUAAAAAUGGUAAAAAGAAGUUGUCAGUUCAUUGAUAGUGAGUGCGACGAAAUUCGCUCCAAAAAAAGAAAAGUUAAAAUUAUUAGAUUCGUCUGACGAAGAAGAAAAUGAUAGUGCAAUCAACGCAGAAGAAGAAGAAGAAGAAAAUGAAGAAUUACUCACAUCUGGUGAAGAAGAAGAAGUUGAUAGUGAACUGCCGGAAAAAAUCCAUGAAGAAGAAGAAGAAGAGAGCGAAUACGAAUCGGAUUUUAUUGAUGACCGUCCAGCAAGCCAAUUAACAACCUAUAGUGACAGUUUGCAUUUAAAUUGACUCAAGUGAAAAUGGAAGGAGAAAUGGACGGAAUUUCGCGAGCUUUGAAGACAAUCGACGAUAACAACCCAAGCAGAACUUUUGGGAACUCAGCCGAUUUGCAGAAUUUCAUUAUCAAUGCCCUAGAUGCUACAUUUGUGACAAAAUGUUCUGCCUAUGAACAGUACUUAAAAGAAAUGCAGAAACCCUCCACUGCGAUGGUUCCCGAGGGAUCAAAUGAUGAAGCAAAAGCCGCAAGCUUAGCCGAAAAUAGUGCUAGAGCAAAAAUCAUGUCAGAGGGAAAGUUUAAAAAUAUAUUCAAAUUCGCUCUAUUUAUGUUUGAAGCGGCAUGUAAGAAUCCAGAGUUAUUCUCAGAAUUGAAAACCAAAACAAAAAAAGCAGAAUGUGGCAAAAAUGUGUAUAUUACCAACUUCAGCGGAGGUACAAUCAAUACAAGAAAAUAGAAGUCGUGUUGCCGAUAUUUGUUGUUUGUUUUUGUUUAUACUCACAAUUAAGUUUUGUUGAUUUGUAAAAAAAUUGUAGCGUUGAAAAAAUAAAUUCAUGAUUAGAUGUACAAAUUAUAUUUAUCACAAAGUUAUGAACGAAAAAUAAACUGUGGCCCGGAAUCCCCCAAUUUCCCCUAUUUAUAUGAAAUAUUCGUUCGGAGUUA